UUAUCUGAUCUUCUUUCCAGGUGAUUGAGGGAUGAUUCUUAAUGGUUGCAUGGCAACUUCUGGACGCAUGUCACUGAAACCUAGGCCUUUGGAGGCAACGUCGCCCUCUUUUUCUGUAUACCCCUCUCUUAAUUCUACACUUACAACACAUUCGAGAUUUAAAAAUUGGUGUGGCGAGUCUCAACAUUCUCGAGGUUUUCAUUUAAGCGGAGCACUUCUUAAAAUCACCGUCUCAAAUGCUUCAACAUCUGUUUUAACUGGAUGUCCUGGCAGCUUUACAUUCCCAAGAACAUUGCCCUCUGCUCCCCGAAAAUGCCUCCGAGGAAACUUGAUGGCCCCGAGAGCAUCAAAGGAUGUUCCUACGAGCUACCGCUACCCCCCGAUGACUAAAAAGCCGAGAUGGUGGUGGAGAACACUAGCAUGCAUACCCUAUCUCAUGCCUCUUCAUGAGACAUGGAUGUACGCUGAAACUGCAUACCAUCUUCACCCUUUCCUGGAGGAUUUUGAGUUACUGACCUACCCUUUCUUAAGGUUCAUAGGGUCCCUCCCAGGCUGGUUCUUAAUGGCCUAUUUCUUUGUAGCUUAUCUUGGGGUAGUAAGAAGGAAGGAGUGGCCUCACUUCUUCAGGUUCCAUGUGGUCAUGGGAAUGCUUCUUGAGAUCUCCCUUCAAGUUAUCGGCACGAUAAGCCGGUGGAUGCCUCUCGCAAUUUACUGGGGCAAGAUUGGAAUGCACUUCUGGACUGCCAUUGCCUUCGCCUACCUCUUCACUGUGCUCGAGUGUAUUCGUUGUGCGCUUGCAGGUAUGUAUGCUGAUGUGCCUUUUGCCUCUGAUGCAGCUUACAUUCAGAUCCCAUAUGAUUAAGGUGCAAGAUUUUGUUUAAACUCUUUGUGUUAACUUCCUUUCUUUGGAAUUUUUUUCUCAUCAGAACUUUGUUUCAGCAUUUUGUGAGGGAUAUGUAAGAUGAAUAUUAUCAGAACUUUGUUUCAGAGUUUUUCUGCUCUAUGUAAGAUGAAUUUGGUCGUAAGAAUGUUCCACUAUUGUGUUUAACUUAUUAGUAAGAGGGAUUUGCAUAAUUAUGUUAGGAUA